AUGGCUGUAAAAAAUGUUUUUAUCUUAUUCCUCCUUGCUUGCCUUUUGGCAAAUGCAACUGCAACAAUGGACCUCCCCAUCAAGCCUGGAUAUAAAGUUGUAUCAACAUUCCAAGUAAGUGGAGAUCAAGCCAAUUGCUUAAAGUUACUCUCUGAUAUGAGACCUUGUUCAAAUGGCAUUGUUGGUUUCCUCCUUAAAACACAGAACAGUCUUCACCCUGACUGUUGUAGUGCCAUUUCCACACUCAGCAAUAAUUGCUUACCUACCACGCUCCAAUCAUUUGGUUUCACCACUGAGGUACACAACAUACUGCAAGGACACUGUGGCGCUGCUUCUAGUCCUGCUACGGCUCCUCUUGCUGGCUCAUAUCCUCCUCUUGCUAAUUAG